AUCACACCACGAGGCCCCCCGGUAAUAUCACACCACGAGGCCCCCCGGUAAUAUCACACCACGAGGCCCCCCGGUAAUAUCACACCACGAGGCCCCCCGGUAAUAUCACACCACGAGGCCCCCCGGUUCCCAGCCCUCGUCACGAUUGGGUCAAUAUACUUCUUCCUCUUCACUCUAAUUUCUACUCUGUCCACAUGAAGAACAGCUGUCAUUCAGCCUAUUUGUGCCCUCGAUAUCAUCUGGAGUGCUUGCUAUCCUUACAAACAUGAAUACACAUGCCGAAAAUUAUCCAUCCCGUUGAUCAAAUAAAUUCAUCUUUACAAAUUUUCGAAGAGACGCUUGCACCCACCCACACACACACACACACACACACACUCAGAAUAAAUGUAGGAGGGGUUUGCUUGCGGUGCAGGAAAUGAUAAGUGUGUGUCUGGGUACUGGCUGUGGCAGAAGCUGCACACUUCAGCAUAGUCGGCCGUAGCUGACGCAACAGAGAAAUAUCUCUACUACUGGUUGAGUUUCACUCUCUGCCUGACCUGACACAUGGCUCUGGAGUCACACAGGGGACCAACGUCCCCCUGAAACACCACGGGCAACUGAGAACUCAGAGCACUUCCAUCUGAUGUACACUUCCUGUUACGAACCAUCAUGUCGUGGUCAGAGGGUGUGAACUCCACUCUGAACCUGGACUCCAACACCUCCUCCUCCCUGUUCUGCACCAACCUGUACGACCACCGCCCCGUCGCCCGCGUCCUCAUGUCUCUCCACUACAGCCUGGUCUUCAUGCUCGGCCUCCUAGGUAACGCCCUGGCACUGCACGUCAUCAGACCCAACCUGGCCCGGAUCAACUCUACCACACUCUACUCUGCCAACCUGGCCGCCUCCGACGUUCUCUUCACUCUGGCCCUGCCUCUGAGGAUAGCCUACUACGCCCUAGGUUUCCACUGGCCCCUGGGGGAGACCCUGUGUCGUGUCACCGCCCUUCUGUUCUACGUCAACACCUACGCAGGGGUCAAUUUCAUGACCUGCCUGGCUGUAGACCGCUUCGUAGCCGUGGUUCUCCCUCUACGUUACACCAGGCUCUGCCGGGCCCGGACCAUCCGCUACGUCUGCGUAGGGGUGUGGGUUCUAGUCCUAGUCCAGACGUUACCCCUCCUCUCCGUGACCAUGACCCGGGCCGAGCCGGACGGGACCACCACCUGCAUGGAGUACCCCAACUUUGAGAACGGGGCCGUGGAGGGGCUCCCCUACGUCCUCAUUGGAGCCGUCGUCAUGGGAUACGGCGUUCCCGUUGCAACCAUCCUGUGUUGCUACUUGGUGUUGCUUUGGAAGCUGCGGUUGGUGACGAGAAGUAGGGCCGGUGGGCGAGGUCACAGGUCAUUGAGGAGCCAGAAGGCGACGGGGGUGAUAGCAGGGGUAGUGUUGGUGUUUGUAGUGUGUUUCAGUCCCUAUCACAUCAACAUCCUGCAGUAUAUGAUCCGAAAGCUGAGAUACACACCAGACUGUACCGAGCUCCACGCCUUUCAGAUGUCUCUACACUUCACUGUGUGUCUCAUGAACCUCAACUGCUGCCUGGACCCCUUUGUCUACUUCUUUGCCUGUAAGGGUUACAAGAGGAGGGUGAUGAAGAUGUUGAGGGUUCAGGUCAGCGCCUCUUUCUCCAGCGUGGUCCGAACCGGGGAGGACACCCCCUUCAAACGGGGGGGGACCCGGGACGGGAGGAGCAGGCUGGGUAGCCACACAGCUUGUCCUGUUGCUUUAGAUGACGUUACCAAGACCAUUCCUGGGCCUGAGACCGAGACAGGAGCCACAUCCAACCAACUACCCCUGAGACAGGAGCCACAUCCAACCAACUACCCCUGAGACAGGAGCCACAUCCAACCAACUACCCCUGAGACAGGAGCCACAUCCAACCAACUACCCCUGAGACAGGAGCCACAUCCAACCAACUACCCCUGAGACAGGAGCCACAUCCAACCAACUACCCCUGAGACAGGAGCCACAUCCAACCAACUACCCCUGAGACAGGAGCCACAUCCAACCAACUACCCCUGAGACAGGAGCCACAUCCAACCAACUACCCCUGAGACAGGAGCCACAUCCAACCAACUACCCCUGAGACAGGAGCCACAUCCAACCAACUACCCCUGAGACAGGAGCCACAUCCAACCAACUACCCCCUGAGACAGGAGCCACAUCCAACCAACUACCCCUGAGACAGGAGCCACAUCCAACCAACUACCCCUGAGACAGGAGCCACAUCCAACCAACUACCCCUGAGACAGGAGCCACAUCCAACCAACUACCCCUGAGACAGGAGUCACAUCCAACCAACUACCCCUGAGAAAGGAGUCACAUCCAACCAACUACCUCUGAGAAAGGAGUCACAUCCAACCAACUACCCCUGAGACAGGAGCCACAUCCAACCAACUACCCCUGAGACAGGAGUCACAUCCAACCAACUACCCCUGAGAAAGGAGUCACAUCCAACCAACUACCCCUGAGAAAGGAGUCACAUCCAACCAACUACCCCUGAGACAGGAGCCACAUCCAACCAACUACCCCUGAGACAGGAGUCACAUCCAACCAACUACCCCUGAGAAAGGAGUCACAUCCAACCAACUACCCCUGAGACAGGAGCCACAUCCAACCAACUACCCCUGAGACAGGAGCCACAUCCAACCAACUACCCCUGAGAAAGGAGUCACAUCCAACCAACUACCCCUGAGACAGGAGCCACAUCCAACCAACUACCCCUGAGACAGGAGCCACAUCCAACCAACUACCCCUGAGACAGGAGUCACAUCCAACCAACUACCCCUGAGACAGGAGCCACAUCCAACCAACUACCCCUGAGACAGGAGCCACAUCCAACCAACUACCCCUGAGACAGGAGCCACAUCCAACCAACUACCCCUGAGACAGGAGCCACAUCCAACCAACUACCCCUGAGACAGGAGCCACACCCAACCAACUACCCCUGAGACAGGAGCCACAUCCAACCAACUACCCCUGAGACAGGAGCCACAUCCAACCAACUACCCCUGAGACAGGAGCCACAUCCAACCAACUACCCCUGAGACAGGAGCCACAUCCAACCAACUACCCCUGAGACAGGAGCCACAUCCAACCAACUACCCCUGAGACAGGAGCCACAUCCAACCAACUACCCCUGAGACAGGAGCCACAUCCAACCAACUACCCCUGAGACAGGAGCCACAUCCAACCAACUACCCCUGAGACAGGAGCCACAUCCAACCAACUACCCCUGAGACAGGAGCCACAUCCAACCAACUACCCCUGAGACAGGAGCCACAUCCAACCAACUACCCCUGAGACAGGAGUCACAUCCAACCAACUACCCCUGAGACAGGAGUCACAUCCAACCAACUACCCCUGAGACAGGAGCCACAUCCAGCUGAGUAGCCCCAGAGCCUGUCCUGGUCCUUGAGAUGACCACUACUAGGCCAUAAGAGACACAGAACCACUAGUCUAGACACACGUACUUGUCCUGGGUUGUAUUCACACCAAACGGAGGAAAAAGGAACUGAAACAGAAAGGGACGACCUGAACUUGUCCAAUAAGAAAUGCUUGUUUUUAAUUUGACUUCUUUGCUCACUCUGCUAUUUCAAAACGAAUGUGAAAAAGAUGGACAUCCAGGUUCCAUAAACACAGCAGCCUUUACAAGGUUCCAGACCUAAAGGGCCUCCUGCAGAACAGGAUGCUGUAUGCAGAGAUACAAUCCUACCUUUACUGAUUCAUCUCAAACAUUUCCGUCACAUCGAUCUUUUGUACAGAUAUUUAUGCUUUUCAUAAGUAAAAAUGGUUUCACUUCCCAAUACUUACUUUUUAACUGCUGUUUAAAGUGGAAUUAAAACCAUUCUAUUUCA